AUGGGAAGACGGAUUCGCUUGGUGGCAUUAUUGCUUUAUCUGACUGUGUUUCCACUGGUCAACGCUGACGGAGGAGGAUGGCAUGGAGGAUAUGGAGGCUAUGGUGGAGGAUGGGAUAGUGACCAUAUACUAGUUAAAAAGAUCAAGACGACCUACCCAGUUCCACAUCCUGUACCUGUUCCACACAUUAUUCCAAUCCCACGUCUCGUAAAGGUCUUCAAACCUCUUUCCAUCGGUCACCCUGUAGAACACCCACAUGUUAUUAACAAGGUCCAGCAUAUUUCUGUAGGCAUACCCGCUUUGAAGUUCGUUCCAAUUCCAGCGACUGUUCCGAUUCCAAAAUUGGUUCCCAUUCCCAUACCAAUCCGGUUACCGAAACCUGUAGUAGUAACUCAACCAAAACCAUAUCCUGUUCAUAGUAAAUUUCCUGUUCCCGUACCCGUCAAAAUUCCCCACCCUGUUGUUGUUCCUAUUGUGCAAAAAAUCCCAGUUCCUGUUCCUUUCCCAAUCAAGAAACCAGUAAAGAUCAUAAAAGAAGUUCCUGUGUAUAUCAAGAAACCGUACCCUGUGUACAUUGAAGAUAAACCCUGGAAUGAUUAUGGAGGCUAUGGUGCAGGUAGUCAAGUGAAUAGUCAUUUAUCUGUGAAUCCUGGCAUUCACAAAAUAGGCAUUGGAGGCUAUGGUGGAGGAGACUGGCAAACUACUGGAGGAGCCCAUGGUUAUCAAGAGAGAAAUUAUGUUACUGGUCAGGAAUCUGACGAUUUACAGAAGAGCUACCAGGACACAGGAAAAAGAACCACCAGUUUCAUUACGGGGUAUGGUCAAUCUCAGUCUGCUAAGUCAGUUCCACAACAGUAA